AUGCCGUGGCAAUUGCGGCAGUUUAAACAUUCCAACGAGGGCCUCACAGACGAUGACCUGCAAGGACUUCCAGUGGAAGAGCGUGACUUUGAUGAGGUGGAUCUGUCUCGGAACUUGUUUGGUCUGAGUGGUCUUCGAAGAAUCAUCGACUUCCUUCAACAGCAGCGGCACCUGAGAGUGCUGAAGCUCUAUCGAUGCGGCUUGGACGACGAGUCCGCCGAGCUUUUGAGCAAGUUCUGCUUGGAGUGCGGAAGCUUGGAAGAGGUGCAUCUCUCCCACAACCGAUUCAGCGCUUACGGCGCUGCUUUCCUGGUGCGCGCCCUGGAGCGGAACCGCGACUAUUCGCAGAUUCCCAUCUGGCUUCGGCUGGAGCACAAUUUAAUCGAAAAGCCGGAGAAGGUUUUAGCUGACUUCGAAAGAGACUUUAACGCCUGCGGCUUUCACGGCGGCAAGUGCGCGACGAAGGAGUGCUACUGGAGGCGAAAGCUUCACCUUCCGCACUUCCUCGAACAAGACACUGUUCACUGGGACGAAGCUCCGCCCAUCGGGUUUCGGAUCGAGGACAAGGAAGCUUUCAUACCCCCUGCUCGCGAUGACGACUCGGAAAGCAGGGCAUCUGACAACUCCGAACUUGACUGCCGUGGACGCGGCUUGCGCGGCUGGCACCAUGCAGAACCAGAGCGGCAAGUUUGCCACGGAAGAAGUCGCAGUCCUUUUGCCAGAGCGUUGGACGCACAUCAGCUGCUUGCUUGGCAGGAGAAGCUCCUGAGACGAGAGAGGGAGCUGGAUGAGCUCGAACGAUUGGCCAUGAGUUUUGUCAAAUGA